AUGUCGGCCGACGCGGGCCCCAGUUCCGCCGCCCAGCCGAACCUCAACCUGACCCCCGACGAGAAGCGAGUCUAUGGCCAGCUCUUCCGCCAGGCAGACACCGACGCCGUCGGUGUCGUCACUGGCGACGUCGCCGUCACCUUUUUCGACAAGACCCGGCUUGAUUCGCGCAUAUUAGGAGAGAUCUGGCAAAUCGCCGACAAGGAGAACAGAGGCUUCCUCACGCCCACCGGCUUUGGCAUCGUCUUGCGCCUCAUCGGCCAUGCACAGGCUGGAUCUGAACCGACACGGGAGCUCGCAUUGCUUCCUGGUCCGCUGCCCCGAUUUGAUGGCUUUCCGCUACCCGCCCUCACCUCUCCAAUCACGGCCCAGCACUCAGGCACCCCGGCAGGGGCUCGCAUCCCGCCUUUGACCCCCGACAAGAUCACGCAAUACAGAGCUCUCUUCGAUCGCCAGCCUCUCCAAGGCGCCCUGCUCCCCGGAGACCAGGCCCGCUCCAUCUUCGACCGAUCCGGCCUGCCAAAUGAGACUCUUGGCCGCAUAUGGGCUCUUGUCGACACCGAACAGCGCGGCGCGCUUUCUGCGCCCGAGUUCAUUGUCGCCAUGCACCUGCUCACGUCGACCAACUCUGGUGCUCUGCGCUCGCUACCCAAUGUCCUGCCUCCUGCUAUUCUCGAAGUCGCUGCUGGUCGUGGGCCCGCGAGACAGUCUCCGCGUACCAGCAAUGCCGGCCUUCCUCGCCAGCUCACCGGCCAGCUUACCGGCCAGCAGCGCACCGCGAGUCCUCUCGGACCUGGUCCUCAGGCCGCCGGCGAUUGGCUUGUUACUCCUGCUGACAAGGGUAGAUUUGACCAGCUAUAUGCAACUCUAGACAAAACAAACAAGGGCUACAUCACUGGCGAAGAGGCCGUUCCUUUCCUCAGCCAGUCCAACCUCUCCGAAGAUGCCUUAGCCCAGGUCUGGGAUCUCGCCGAUGUCAACUCGCAAGGCCAUUUGAGCCGCGACGAGUUUGCCGUCGCCAUGUAUCUCAUCCGACAGCAGAGACUAAACCCGUCCACGCCACUGCCUUCCACGCUGCCACCGAACCUUGUUCCUCCUAGCUUGCGUAGCCAGUCACGCCAACGUCCUGCCGCAUCACCGUUUGACCCGCCGCCUAUGGACAGACCUGCUCCGCCGCAACCAAAAUCUGCCAUGGAGGACCUGUUUGGCCUCGACACGUCGCCCUUGCCCGCACCUCCCGCCCCGCGACAAGAUCCCAUGUCUACUGGCGGGUCUACAAACGACCCCUUUGCCGGCGGUCCCGGGAAUGCGAUGCCCGCUUCACCUACGCGCGGUAACACGUUCCAGGCAUUUGUACCAAGCUCGUCCUUUGGUAGAGGCCUCACUGGCUCACCCGUCACAUCUCAGCCCCCAGCCUCUGAAGAUCUUUUAGCCGACAACAACCCGGAGGAAACAAGGAACAUAACUGGUGAAAGCACCGAACUUGCCAAUUUAUCGAACCAGAUCAGCACGCUGUCGACCCAGAUGCAGGAGACGCAAUCCAAGCGCACUGGUACUCAAAAUGACUUGAAUCAAACCAACACGCAGAAGCAAAACUUCCAGCAGAGACUCGCCCAGCUCCGCACGCUUUAUGAAAAGGAAGCCCAGGAUGCGCGCGCACUCGAGGAGCAGCUCCGAGCUUCCAGGACCGAAACGCAGAAGCUGCAAGGCGAAUGCAUGACCCUAGAGGGCAACUUGUCCGAUGCCCAGGCCCAGCGCCAGCAGGUUUUGACUGCUCUGCAGUCCGAUCAGCAGGAAAACACCAGUCUGCGUGAGCGUAUUCGCGUGGCCAACGCCGAGCUCACACAGCUCAAGCCGCAAAUCGAAAAGCUCAAAAUGGAAGCUCGCCAGCAGAAAGGGCUGGUUGCUAUCAACAAGAAGCAGCUUUUGACGACGGAAGGCGAGCGGGAUAAACUAAAGACGGAAGCAGCGGAUCUCGGCAGAGCGUCGGGCGAGGAGACGUCUCGUGGACUAGAGUCCAGCUCUGUGCCGGAAGCGCCUGGCGGCAGUGUCAUCAGCCCUGCGCUCUCGACAGCGAGUGGAAACAACCCUUUCUUCAAGCGCACUGCUAGUACCGACAUUAUGGGCGUCUUUGCCAGUCCUUCCGGCACCGACGAGAUAUUCGGACCUUCUGGUGGUACGCCCGGCCCGACCCCUGCCCCAUUCCGGCCGCAGACCACGGGAAACUCGGCUACGAGUGCGUCUGGACCGACCCCAGCUCCAUUCCGGCCUCAGACCACGGGAACCUCCACCACGAGCGCUGGAUCCUCUUACGCAACACCACCAAGCUCGACACCUGUCUUGAGCCGUGCGACAACUCUCCGCGCCGACAACCCACCUCCUCCACCAGAGUCGCGCCAGAUUAGCUCGAGCUUCCUGCCUUUUGGCGGUCAGAGUGAGUCUGUCUCAUCUUCUCGUCAAGUCUCACCACCGGCUUCGCGCGCCGACGGCUCAUUUGCCGACGGACCGAGUGCUGCUAGCAAGGCAACCGAAGAGGGCAGCAAUGAGGAUGCUGCCAAGACCCCUACUACUAGCGAUAGCCAGGCCAUCGCAAGCCCCAGCAAGGAAAAGGCGGCACCAUUCGGUGACGACAAGGACAAGGCCAAGGCAGACUUUGACAGUGCCUUUGCCUCCUUUACUUCCUCCAAGUCUACUGCCAGUGCGGAUACCGCUGCACCGAAAACCAAGUCGGUUUUUGACACUGAAUUUCCCCCAAUCUCUGAAAUUGAGCGUGAUGAUGAGUCUGACUCUGAGAGCGAGCAGGGCGGCUUUGACGACGAUUUCGCCCCCCACUCACCCCAGCGUAACAGGACUGCACCAAAGGCGGCUUCUCCCGUCGCUGAAACAACCGAGAACGCCGCGGCGCCCGUCCCAGCUGUACCACCCAAGGGUGUCUUUGACGACCUAGACGACGACUUUGACGGAUUAGAGGAAGCCAAGGAAGGCUCUGCCGAUGACGACUUCGCCAACAUUUCACGCUCCGGCUUUGAGGACUAUAAUGCCAUGUUUGACAGCCCGCCUGCGAGCCAGCUCAAGGGCGACCACGGCGCCUUUGGCAACGAGAGCAGCUUUGACUUUAUCCCGUCCAACCCGGCCGGUGCCGAGUCGUCCAAGGGCGGCACCGGCGCUGGCGGCGCUGAGUCGCACGACUGGGACGCCAUCUUUUCCGGCCUCGACACGGCUGACCCUGUUGGCAGCACGGCCGCCGACACGACCAAGGACGAGAGCAAGGCGCCAACGGGGCGUCCCGCUGCUGUCGGCCGCGCGCUCACGGACAAGGGUGUGCACGACGAUCCGAUCCUCAAGAGCCUCACCAGUAUGGGCUACGCGCGGUCCGAUGCCCUCGCCGCUCUGGAAAAGUACGACUACGACUUGGAGAGGGCCGCCAACCAUCUCGCCAGCAAAUCGUAG